AUGGCUUUCUAUGGGAUUAAUCAAGCAGAGACAAAUUGGGGAAGUUUUGCAUCUGGAGCAGCUUUUACUUGGCAACGACCCCCUUCUACAUCUUUGAUUAAUGAAGCAGUUCACGGCAGGGAUAAAGAUAAAGAAGUCAUUAUUGAGAUGUUGUUGAAGGAUGAAGCAGGUGAAAGCAACUUUGGGGUAAUUCCCAUUGUAGGUAUAGGUGGGAUAGGGAAAACUACACUGGCCCAGUUGAUAUACAGGGAUGAAGAAAUAGUGAAGCAUUUUGAGCCAAGGGUGUGGGUGUGUGUAUCAGAUGAGAGCGAUGUAGAGAAGUUAACGAAGAUAAUUUUCAAUGCCGUCUCUUCGAAUGAAGUCCAUGAUGGGGAUAACUUUAAUCAAGUGCAGCUCAAGUUAAGCAAUAAUCUAGCUGGAAAAAGGUUUUUGCUAGUUUUGAACGAUGUGUGGAACAUCAACAAUUAUAAGCGAUGGAAUCACUUACAAACUCCCUUUAAGUCCGGAACUAGAGGAAGUAAAAUUGUAGUAACAACACAUCAUGGGAAUGUUGCAUCUUUGAUGAGAGCAGACAACUUCCACCAUUUGCUCAAGCCUUUAUCCAAUGAUGAUUGUUGGAAUGUAUUUGUGAAACAUGCAUUUGAAAAGAAGAAUGCUAAUGAACAUCCAAAUUUGGAAUUAAUUCAAUGA